UAGCAAAACAAACAAACCAGACAACAUUGUCAACACUAUGUCUCCCCACUCUGCAAAACCCUAAAAAAUUAACACCCCAAAAUCAAAAACAAAUUUCAUUUCCAAUCCCUAAAAUCAUCAAUUCCCCAAAUAUAUACAUCAAUUUACCCACUCACUCACUCGCUCACUGAGUCACUCACUGUCUCUCAUAACAAGCACAAGCACAAGCACAAACACACGCACACUAGCCCCACUCUAUCUCUCUCCAACAGUGAUACCUGUCGCCCUCAAUUGCGACUUUUGCACCACUCAAAAGCAGAUUCAAUUUUAACCUCUUGCUCUUUCUCUCUCUUCCCCUAUAAUUUUUAUAUAUAUACUCAUAAAGUUAGGGUUUCGUUUCAUUCAAAUGAACAAUCAGACCCAACAGCAGACACAAAUUGUGGGGUCUGGAGGAAAUAAUAAGGACCAGGAAGAGGAGAGCGUGGGACAGUCGCUUGAAAUUGCGGCUAAGGCGGCUGCUGCCGGCUCCGAUAAGGCCGCAGCCGGUGAGACUGUUGGUGGUUGUAAUAGUAGUGGUGAAGAAGAGAGUGUUGAGAAACCUGAUUGUGAUCCUAUGGAGGAGGAUUCUGUUAGUCCUGCUACUGUUUUUUGUAUUCGGCUUAAACAACCUCGCUCUAAUUUGCAGCAUAAAAUGAGCGUCCCUGAACUUUGUCGUAAUUUUAGUGCUGUUGCUUGGUGUGGAAAGCUGAAUGCUAUUGCGUGUGCAUCAGAAACUUGUGCUAGAAUCCCAAGCUCCAAUGCAAAUCCACCAUUUUGGAUCCCCAUACAUAUUGUUAUACCCGAGCGUCCAACUGAAUGUGCAGUUUUCAAUGUGAUAGCAGAUUCUCCCCGCGAUUCUGUUCAGUUUAUUGAAUGGUCCCCUACUUCUUGCCCUCGUGCCUUACUAAUUACUAAUUUUCACGGGAGGAUAACCAUCUGGACUCAGCCUUCUCAAGGCUCAGCUAAUUUGGUUCGUGAUGCUAGCUGCUGGCAGCGUGAGCAUGAAUGGCGUCAGGAUAUUGCAGUUGUCACUAAGUGGCUGUCUGGGGUUUCUCCGUAUAGGUGGCUUUCAUCGAAGUCCAGCAAUUCUGCAAAUUCAAAGUCAACAUUUGAGGAAAAAUUUCUUUCACAGCAGUCUCAAACUUCAGCUAGAUGGCCUAAUUUCCUUUGCGUCUGCUCCGUUUUCUCGUCUGGUUCCGUGCAGCUACAUUGGUCUCAGUGGCAUCCUAGUCAAACUAAUGCAACACCAGAGUGGUUUUGCACAAGUAAAGGUCUGUUGGGUGCUGGGCCCAGUGGGAUUAUGGCUGCUGAUGCAAUUGUGACAGAUAGUGGUGCCAUGCAUGUUGCCGGUGUUCCGAUUGUUAACCCAUCUACAGUUGUGGUUUGGGAGGUAACUCCUGGUCCGGGACCUGGAUUUCAGACUACUCCAAAGACAAGUACCAGCAAUGGGGUUCCACCUUCUCUUAAUCCACCUAAUUGGUCAGGUUUUGCUCCCUUGGCUGCAUAUUUGUUCAGCUGGCAAGAAUAUCUGAUAUCUGAAGCAAAACAAGGGAGAAAGAAUACUGAUCAAGAUUUUAGUAACACUGUAUCACUUCACUGUUCACCAGUUUCCAAUUUUUCUGCAUAUGUCAGUCCUGAGGCUGCAGCUCAAUCUGCAGCAACUACUACUUGGGGCUCUGGAGUUACUGCUGUUGCUUUUGAUCCAACGCGUGGUGGCUCUGUGAUAGCUGUUGUGAUAGUUGAGGGGCAAUAUAUGUCUCCUUAUGAUCCAGACGAGGGUCCUUCAAUUACUGGAUGGAGAGUGCAACGGUGGGAAUCAUCUGUUCAGCCUGUAGUUCUUCAUCAAAUCUUUGGAAAUCCUACCUCGAGUUUUGGAGGGCAGGCACCUAUGCAAACUGUUUGGGUGUCCAAAGUGGAUACAAGCAUACCUCCUACAAAUGAUUUUAAAAGUCAUCAAGCAGUUGCCGCAGGGCUAGCCUCAGAUGUAAGGAAGAUGUCUGAUUCUGGUUCUGAGAAGGCAAAAAGUCUCAGUUUUGAUCCGUUUGAUUUGCCAAGUGAUGUUAGAUCACUUGCUCGAAUUGUUUAUUCUGCUCAUGGUGGUGAGAUUGCAAUUGCUUUCCUGCGGGGCGGAGUUCACAUUUUCUCUGGUCCAAACUUUGCACCUGUUGACAGCUAUCAGAUUAAUGUUGGAUCUGCAAUUGCUGCUCCUGCUUUCUCUUCUACAAGCUGCUGCUCUGCUUCUGUUUGGCAUGACGUUAGCAAGGACCGUACGAUACUGAAGAUCAUACGUGUUCUUCCCCCAGCUGUUCCUAGUGGUCAGGCAAAGGCUAACUCGUCAACCUGGGAACGCGCAAUUGCUGAGAGAUUUUGGUGGAGUCUUUUAGUUGGUGUUGAUUGGUGGGAUGCAGUUGGCUGUACACAAAGUGCUGCUGAGGAUAAUAUUGUUUCACUAAACAGUGUCAUUGCGGUCUUGGAUGCGGAUUUUCAUUCUCUCCCUUCCACUCAGCAUCGGCAACAGUAUGGCCCUAGUCUGGACAGGAUAAAAUGCAGGCUUCUUGAAGGUACAAAUGCUCAGGAGGUUAGGGCAAUGGUUCUAGAUAUGCAGGCGAGAUUGUUGCUUGACAUGUUGGGUAAAGGCAUUGAGGCUGCUCUGAUAAAUCCGUCAGCACUUAUUCCUGAACCAUGGCAGGCCUCUGGGGAGACUCUAUCGAGCAUUGAUCCUGAAGCAAUGGCUGUUGAACCGAGCCUUGUUCCUAGUAUUCAGGCUUACGUUGAUGCGGUUCUUGAUCUAGCUUCACAUUUUAUCACACGUUUACGGCGUUAUGCAAGUUUCUGUCGCACAUUGGCUAGUCAUGCAGUUACAGCCGGAACCGGCAGUAAUCGCAGUAUGGUGACUAGUCCUACCCAAAAUGCAGCAUCUCCUGUAACAAGUCAAGGAGGUCAAAAUGGUACUUCUAGUUCUACAGGUAGCACUCAGAUGCAAGCUUGGGUGCAGGGUGCUAUUGCUAAGAUUAGUAGCACCAGUGAUGGAGUGGCUAAUUCGACCCCAAACCCUAUAAGUGGCCCGUCUUCCUUUAUGCCAAUUAGCAUUAAUACUGGAACUUUUCCUGGAACACCAGCUGUUAGGCUCAUUGGUGAUUGCCACUUUCUUCAUAGAUUAUGCCAGCUUUUGCUCUUCUGUUUUUUCUUUCGGCGAACACUAUUACCCCGAUUUAUGGGGGCUGCACAGCGGAAUUCUGAUUCAAAUAUGCAAAAACUUCAGCCUGGUGCUCCUGGAAAGGUGGAGGAAACCGGCUCUGUGUCAUCUAAACCAGCGCAGGCCAUGGUCAGAUCAGAUGAAGGACUGGCUUCUCGAGGUGGGCAGCUUGUGCCUGGAGCCAAAGGAUCUGAAGAUGGACCUGCUGGGCGUUCGAGAUUAGGAUAUGGCAAUGCUGGGCAAGGUUACACUUUUGAGGAGGUGAAGGUCCUUUUCCUCAUACUUAUGGAUCUUUGCAGAAGAACAGCAGCUCUUUCACAUCCAUUACCUGUUUCUCAAGUUGGUAGCAGCAACAUCCAGGUGCGGCUGCAUUAUAUUGAUGGGAAUUAUACUGUAUUGCCAGAGGUUGUAGAAGCGUCACUUGGACCACAUAUGCAGAACAUGCCCAGGCCCAGGGGUGCAGAUGCGGCUGGCUUGUUGCUUCGUGAGUUAGAACUCCAUCCCCCAUCUGAAGAAUGGCACAGGCGGAAUAUGUUUGGUGGUCCCUGGUCUGACCUAGAAGAUAUGAGUUCUUCAGAUGAUACUCCCAGGAUGAGUAGUUAUGCAGAUUCCCCCGAAUACAGUUCAUUGGAGAAUUGUGAUGUGUAUUAUGGGGUAAAUGGUCUAUGGCCAAGGAAGCGUAGGUUGUCCGAACGAGAUGCAGCUUUUGGCUUGAAUACUUCAGUUGGCCUGGGAGCAUACCUUGGGAUUAUGGGAUCUCGAAGAGAUGUUGUUACUGCGAUAUGGAAGACUGGUCUUGAAGGAGUUUGGUACAAGUGUAUAAGAUGCUUGCGACAGACUUCAGCUUUUGCUUCACCUGGUGCCACAAACUCAUCUAACCAAAUGGACCGAGAGGCAUGGUGGAUUAGCCGCUGGGCCUAUGGGUGCCCUAUGUGUGGUGGAACCUGGGUUCGAGUUGUAUAAACAGUUACUAUUGUACAUAUGACGUCUGAUUUUUGAUAAUUUAUCAGAUAAGAAAGCCAUGUGCUUAUGAAGUAUUCACACGAUAGACGUGAGAAGGCAUAACUCCUGAUUGGUAUUAUACGCUUUUGCCCAUCACUUGCUGAUCGGUGAGUCCUAUAAAUGCAGGCGCUUUCGUGAUCUUCUGAACUCGGUCGGAAGUGAGAAGCUAGUUUCUUGUAAAGUCUAGCCAGUUCUUAUAUCUUACAAUUGGCAUUAGUUCUUGCAAGAAAGCGGCUACAAACUUCCUUUGCAGCCAACAAUUUUGGGUUUUGGAUGAUGUUUUAUUGGAACGAUUGACCCUCUGCCUUCAUUGAGGAAUGAAAUGUAACUACACUUUAUAAUGUAUAUUCAUAAAUAUUAAGGAAAUUGUACUGUAUGUAUUUGUAUUUACACCGAUCUACACGAUGGUGAAAGUAGCGUUUGUUGGAGGAAUUUAAUCUAUUCUUAGUAAAAUGUUGUUCAGCAUUUGUAAUAUUUGAGUUGUCACUUGUUUUUCUACAUAAAAGUAAUUUGUUAAGUUUAUGUGA